GCCGCGUCUGACCAGUUCUACGUUACGACGCUCCACCGCAACUCGUGCCACGAUCGGCCAGUUAUGACAGCGAAAAAUAAAAAACCAUCAGAACCUCGUCGAGCCAACAAACCCUUGAUGGAAAAAAGAAGAAGAGCCAGGAUAAACCAAAGUCUAGCUGCACUUAAAACUUUAAUUUUAGAUUCGGCUAAAGCUGACAAUACCAAGCACUCUAAACUAGAAAAAGCCGAUAUCUUAGAACUGACAGUCAGGCACUUUCAAAGGCAUCGAAGUCUUGAUGUUAAAGGCAUCAACCAGUACAAAGCAGGUUACGCUGACUGUGUUAGAGAAGUUCAGCGAUAUUUGGAAACGCCAGAUGCUCAAACUAUGACUGUAAUUGAUUCUGGAAUUAGACAAAGGCUUCUUAGACAUUUAGAUAACUGCGUCGCUGAAGUGGAUGUAGAUCUCAAGCAAGCAAACGCUCCUCCGGCCCUUGAAGACCGACAAGAAUCUCCUCAGAUAGUGGAAGAAGUAAACAACAAUAGAUCUAGCCGGCUUAUAGAUCAAUCAUCCAAUGAUGAGUCCGUAUCUUCUAAGCCAAAAUCUUACGAUGGAAAUUACGUGCUGUUGCUUCCAGAACACUAUGUGCAAUUGGCCAGUGCUCUCGGCGUUAACCUUAGAUCCCAAAGUGAUAUUUGUAGUCCAAGUACGUCGGGUAGUUGUGAAAAAGUUGAAGGGAUUAAGAAAGUUGAGAGUCCAAUAGAUUUUAGUGGUAAAAAUAAUGAGACAGGUGAUAUGUGGAGACCGUGGUAACAUAUUUAUCCUCUGGUUAAAUUCUUACAUAUAUUAAGUAUAUUAACUGUGUAAUUCACGUUAUGCCUGUUACAAAAUACCAGAAUUUUAGGGUUGUGAU